ACUCGCCACCAAACCAAAAGGGAAAGGCAGAUGAAAAGAUCACGAAGGCAGUCACUCACCACUGUUAGACGAAUAAGGGAGCGCAGAGCAUUCUCAACCUAAGCCAUUAACACCAUAAACAUUCCAAUGCUGCUUUUCACUUCCUCUCUCGUAUCUGUCUCUUCUUCUACUCUCUGUCCCACAAAAACUCUUAUGCUACGCGCGCCUUGCCUUAUCCGGCGCCACUUUUGGCCACUGCCAAAGUCUUAUUCUUCGCCCCUCUCUACCAAACCCAUUUCCAGAAUCACCUUAACUUGCGCCCUCGCAAAUUGUCCCACAAACAACCACGUGUACCCUCACCCAAGUCCCCAAUUUGCAGAAUCCGAGACCCACAAGUUUAAAGUUGAGCUCUUGCAAAAGCUUUCCGAGGACAUUGACGAGUUUGGGAAUGACCUUCAUGCGGUUGUUGACGUUUGCGCUCAGAUAUUUAAUGAGUUUUUGCACAAGGAGUAUGGAGGUCCUGGGACAUUGUUGGUGGAGCCAUUCACGGAUAUGUUGGUUGCUCUAAAGAAGAGGAAAUUACCAGGAGCAGCUCUAGCAGCAAGGGCGUCACUAUUAUGGGCACAAAAUUAUGUUGAUAAGGAUUGGGAAGUUUGGAACACAAAACUACAAUGACUUCCACUUUACAACUUUUUUUAUCUUUUACAGUGUAAAGAUUUCUUAUUUGCUUCUAACUAAUGGACGCUUUAACAACAACAAAAAAGAAAAAAAUAUAUCACUUGUAGAUUUUGACAUUUGC